AUGGUCAGCAUUGAUUCCCCAAAUACAACGGUGUGCUACAACUCCAUCGUCACACUGAAAUGUGCAUUUAAAGAGCCGUCAGACCACAUUGCCUGGUACAUGUACAAAGAUUCCACCCGCUCUGUGCUCUGUGAUGGCACCGUGGUGACGCUGCAAACCUGCCCCACAGAAACAUACAAGUCCUGUCUUCAAGUCAAACUCAACAAGGUGACGGGCCGCUGGGCCAGCACAUAUGAGUGUGGGUUCAGCAGUGGGUCAGUCACACACACAGCCAGGACGCUGCUGAGUGUGUCACUGCUGCCUGAUAAAAUUGACAUGAUAGCCAAUCCGCUAACAGUGAACUGCGCAGGGAAGCCCCAGAGUUCCGAGCAAGUGAUGGUCAAUACAAUCAUCCAAAAUAGCACAGAGCUCUAUGAAGUUCACUUCUACUACCAGGGAACUCUCCAGACACCUAUUUCUCCAAAGCCCACAGAUGAUGAAUUCUGCAGGAGUGAGGUUGCUAAUGAUGUGUUGUGGCCUGACACACCAGCUGGAGACACGGUGAUCAUUCGGAAGUGUGAAGCAGGUCGAGUUGGCUAUAAGUCACGUACCUGUGAUGGAACCACCUGGCAGCCAGUGUCCUCCCACUGUGUCACUGAAUUUCUGAACACAGUUGUGUCUGCAGCAGAGGACUUCAAGGAGGGACUCAAUGCUACCCCAGAGAUAGCUUUGUAUAUAUUUCAAGGACUUCAACAUGUUACUGAGGUGAAUUCUGGUUCAGGUGAAGGAUCUGCUGACCUGUCAGCCUCUAUUGAUGUCCUACGUACCAUGUCCAGUGUGUCAGAUGGCUUCCAGUUGUCGGAGGAAGUCUUACCUAUGUUGGUUGGUGCAUCAAGCAAUAUGUUGAAUGACAACUGGAAUAAGUUCAACAUGUCUGUUAAAGAGGACAAGUCAGCAGAUUACCUUCAGUCUGUUGAGAACCUGGUGAAGAACAUCAAAGUCAACAUGAGCAGGAAUAUCACUUCUCAAAACAUAGAACUGAAAAUAUGCACAAAUCUGGAAUGUCAUAUAUCUCUGUUUAAUAUGGAUGUCAAUGUGACCAAGAUGUCUGGAACAGUCAAAUCUUUUGCUGCAAAAAAUCUAACAGAUAAACUGAAAAACAACGUCCAUGACACAGUGCCCACCGAUCUCUUAAUAUCGACGACACUUCUGCAUGCCAACAAUACGUAUAUGGAAAUCAAGAUGGAUUUCCCACUGAGCCAGCAACAUAUGUCCAAACAUUUCUGCGUCUUCUGGAACACCACAGAGCGGAUAUGGUCAAGUGAAGGAUGCAGGUUCCUAACUAGUCAUGAUAACAAAACCAUAUGCAUAUGCACCCACCUGACUUCAUUCUCUGUCCUCAUGUCUAAGAGUGAAAUUGACCUUCCGUUCCUAGAGGAGAUCACUUAUGUGGGACUCGGGGUGUCCAUAUGCUGCCUUGUGCUGUUUCUCACUGUGGAGCAUUUGGUGUGGUCAGCUGUAGUAAAGAGUAACCUCUCGCACUUCCGUCACACGGCUCUGGUGAACAUCGCUGUGUGCCUCUUACUCGCCCACUGUUGUUUCUUGGCUUCUUCCGCUCCUGACAGUCUCAGUGACUCCUUGUGUCUUUCUUUGACCAUAUGCAAGCACUUCUUUUUCCUAGCUAUGUUUGGGUGGAUGUUUACUUUGAGUAUUAUGCUUGUACACCAACUCAUCUUUGUUUUCAACCCACUGAGGAAGAGAGUCUUCAUGUUCUUCUCCAGCAUCCUCGGCUAUGUUUGCCCAUUCAUAAUUGUGGGAGUGAGCUACAUGUAUUACAACUAUACAUACACAUCCUACCAUGAUCCUGCUUCUUGCUGGCUAAACUACAAGCGACUCAUGGAGGGCUCCCUGCAUGCUUUCCUCCUGCCCGUGGGAACUGUUGUAUUGGCAAACCUCUUUUCCAUGGUUGUAGUAAUGUUCACCCUGUUGAAAUCCUCAGUACCUGAUGCCAGUAAGGCCAAUGACAAGGAAACGGCAAAAAGUAUCCUCAAAGUGGUGGUUUUUCUAACACCAGUCUUUGGUGUGACCUGGAUUUUUGGUUUCUUCCAGCUGAUUUUUGAUACGACUCCCAUGCAUCCUUUUUUUGCCUACUGCUUCACCAUCCUCAAUGCCUUUCAGGGCCUUUUCAUUUUUCUAACAGGGUGUUUUGCAGAGCAAAAGGUUAGAGGGGAACUGCUAAAGCUCAUCGCGCAGAAAAAUGACGUGAAACAGGUCACAUCCACCAAGUGUGAAAAAGACAAGUGA